CUCUCAGCGAUCAUGGUGGUGAACACAGUGCCGUACUACGAGCAGCUGGCUUGUUUUGACGACUAUGCUACUGCACUGGUGGUGGAUCCUAUUCUAGGCUUUACCACCCACAAGAUGUCAUCACAGUGGAAGUCGUUGCGGUCCAAGAAGUCCAACAUUGAACCAAUAAUAAGCGAGUACAGGCUCACACAGGAUGCAGAGUUAACAUUUGAAAGGUUAAUGGACUGCCAUCCACAUUGGUACAAGUAUUUCACCAGUUUAAAGACCCCUCAGCAGUUUAAAGUAUUCAAAGAACAUGUUAUCAAGUAUAUACAUAUCCAGCACCCUUUGAGUGGAUUUAUGGUAUCCAUUUGUCACAGAUUCUCUACUGAUGAUCGCAAGGAAUGUAAAAUUAGGGUCACUAAGAAGUGGUGUGCUGGAGAGUUUAUUCCCAAACUCUGCGGAGUGAUUGCUGAAAUGAGCCUUGAAGAAGAGUCGAACUUUAUAACGCCAGGAGUCAAUGAUUUCUCUGUCAUGUUUAGUACUCGCAAGAACAUAUCUCAGCUCUGGCUUGGUCCUGCUGCAUACAUCAAUCACGACUGUAAACCUAAUUGCAAGUUCGUGUUUAUGUCCCGUGAUGUGGCCUGUGUUCAAGUUCAACGUGAUAUGGAUGUGGGAGAUGAAGUUCUGGUCUAUUACGGGGACUUCUUCUUCGGAGAGAACAACGAACAUUGUGGCUGUAAAACCUGUGAAAGAUCUAGUAAGGGACUGUUCUCGACUGGGGGACCACAAGAAAUAGGAGUACAGAUAAAAGGAGAAGAUAGAAGCUACAGUUUAAGAGCCACUAUACAAAGAAGCAACCCCACACCUAAACGUUAUCCCCAUCUCUCACUAUACCUUGCAGAUGAAGACGAGGACAGCAUAUAUGAUCUAAUCCCUCGCCCGGUCAUUAAAACAGACGUGGUAAUAUUCUCCAAACCGCUCUCAGUGGACAGUGACGAAAGCAGCUCCGCCUCAAAGUCUCGGGAAUGCAGAUCUCUAAGUAAAUCAAAUCACACGAGAUCUCGAUAUAACCGUGACAACAGUAGUGACUCAAAAUCGGGAGAGUUGCGUGCAAUCAGAGACUUAAAAAGUAGUGAUAAUCCGGAGGGUAACUCCCGAACUAGGAGCCAGGCAGUAAAAACUAAACGUGGAAGUUCAUCUUCACGCAAACGAUCCUCUGGACGAUUCGACACGAAUUAUCGGGACGAUAUCAAUCAGAAACACGAUACCAAUCGGAAAAUCUCUGAAAAAAUGGAAGCAGUGCGGAAGCGAAAGCUAACGCGUUCCUCAUGUGUCCUAGAGCUGGUAGAUAAGAGGAAAUCAGGGAAGACACUCCCUGAAGUACGAGCAAUAACCACCCGAUCUACCAGUAAAAAAUCUGCAAACACCAGAUCCCCCAAUAAUAAGGACAGUGUUCGAUUAGCAGGAACUAUAAAGCCGAACUAUAAAACCCCUAAUAAACAUGGUUCUCCUCGAGUAUUGCGCUCUAGUGGAUCAUUUGACGGGGUGUCUUUGUCCGCCAAAUCAAGUCCUGGCUCCGUCAGUUCCAAUUCAGACCAGUUAUUCAAAAAGGUGUCUGUCCCAAUAUCUGAUAGGGUCCUAAGAGGACAACGACCUUAAAGCUAGUUAAAUUAUUCAUUAUUCAUUCGAAUCAGCUUUUGUCCUUAAAAUUUGUUUACGGAGCGUUUCAUGCUUUAGGUUUAGUUUCAUAAUAGGUCUAAUUUCCUUGAUUGACGCAAUUAAAAACAUUUACCUGGUCUCUUGUGUGUGAAAACAUUUGGGCAUCGAAAUAGAAAUUCAAAUUAUAUUCUGUUUUGUUAAUUCCAAUGCUGAGAUGUCACUUAUUGGGCUCAUAUAUGUCACUUAUUGAAACGUGUUGCCAUGCGUUUCGAUGCAGCCUUUCUUCUUUGCAGCCUUACUUCUUGUCAUUGCUUAAGUGUUGUCCGUUAAUUGUUGUAGGUGAAUCAGAAGAAAAUCAAAUAUUUCGGUGUCCAGAAAUUUGGAAUAGUACUGCAUUAGGUAUGUGAGUUCUUGUUUGGAAAUAGUAUCUGACUUCUUGAGUGUUGAAACGGGUUAUCAUAUUGACUGUGACAUCUUAAAUUGUUUCUUUUAGCUUUACGUUUAACCAAGAUAUUAAAUUAUUUUACAAUUUACAUUUACAUUGAAGUUGAUUUCUAAAUUCCUGAGUCCUGACUAGAUGACCACAUGUUGCAACCUACUCAAUGUACCUAUGUUUUACCACCCUCGACCCUGCGUAUAUGUUUACCUAAAGAUCGAUGCGAAUUUUUCACCAGCUCGUUUGUUAGAAUGACCACUAUUCUAUCCUUGAUAUUCGCAAA